AUGGGAUCAGCAGUGACUCAGGUUCUCGCUGAUGCGUACAUGGCCGAAUGGGAAGCCGAUUUUUUGGCGUCAGAAAGACAAGCGGAAGAGAUGCAUUUUUGUAGAGCAAGUUCAGGCGCGUCGAAUGCAGCUCGAGCACGCACGACAACUGACGAUAAGCGCAUUACCAUCACAACAGAUACAUCUCCUAAUCCAGGAACAAAUAAAAAGUCUCGGCAGCUUCGUCCAAGAAAUAAGACAUUAACCUACCAGGCGUCAAACAAUUUAGUACUCUCACAAUCAUCAACAGUGAAGCAACAAUCGUCGAGCAAUCCUGCUCCAUCAUCAUCCCUGCUGUUUGAUUUUGAUAUUAAAACAUUGAAAGAUGAACAAUGUCACGAUAAAUCAAUUCAAGAAAAAAUUAAUCAUAUAAAGCAGAAUUCACCGACAACUUUAUAUGAAGUAUUUGAAGAUACUUUAUAUAAAAUUGUAUUAAGAGGUGAGCAAAAGCGAAUUAAACUACCGUAUCUACCACCAUCAAUGAUUUCAAAAGUCCUGGCUGCGUAUCAUGAUCAUCCAACAGGCGCCCACUUUGGCAUUAGACGUACAUGA